UCGCCUCGCCGCAGCCGCGCCCGCUACACCGCGCACUGCUGCCCGCACUCCCACUCGCUCGAUAUUCCCGGACGCUCAUACAUCAUCCCUACAUUCCAACAUCAUCAAUACCCGACGCAUCAUCUUAGUGCCGACGAUACCAUCUCGCCUUCUUUCACGUCCAAACCGGUUACGGGUCAAUAGUUAAAUCUUUUCGUAGAUAUUGCUUACAUCAUCGGUACUGCACUUUCGGCGGGAAACAUUACCAUGUUCACCACUAACCAGUAAGCUUUAUACAAAUUGAUCAAAGCAAUUCAAUGGGCUAUGAAAUAGUUUCAGCUGUUAGAAUAUUUACAAUCUAAAGUGAAAGAAAAUAAGUACCCAGUGAAAAUUGCAAAGUAUUAUAAAAAUGUUGAAAAGUGGUUAAAAAGUUGAGAGGGUUGAAAUAUGAGGAAGCAUUGAAGCAAUGGAGAAGUUGAUGCAGGCACGAACGGUAAACAAAUGUUCAUGUUGGAUAUGCCUGGUGCCGCCGUGGGGGUUCACGGACCUGGAGGAGGAGCAACUGUACUCGGCGUACACGCAGCGGCAGCGGCAGCGUGCUGUGCCGCGCCUGCUAGUCGCCGGUGCGCUGUUGCAGAUAUUUGCCGCAAUCGUACCUGGAGAACGCGACUUGCGGUUCGCCUAUACCUCGGUCGUGAUUGGUUUGUUGACCAACUUGAUUCUGGCAGUGCUGUACGCUUUCAUUCGUCCCGCGAGGCCCGUUCUGAAUCACGUGGCCUGGAUGGCGCUAUGGACCCAGCUACUGGUGAGCGCGUCGCGUCGCCUCGGGGACUCCUACAACGAGUUGCUCGGCUGGGCCGUCGUGCUCCAAUACUUCACACUUGCCACGUUACCCUUCCAUCACCUGCUGUUGAUGUUUUAUAGCACCACAUCCUUUUCUGCUUACCUCCUCGUGCAAUAUUACAACGCUGCUACAUCUGAAAGCAGGCUCCCAGAUGAUUUUGUAUUCCAGCAAAUAGCAAACGGGGCUUUACUUCUGGGAGCUACACUGCUAGGUGGAACUGCGUAUGCCGUAGGAGAGCGCCAGCAACGUUGCUCAUUUCAAGAGACAAAACGAAGUUUGCGCGAUAAACUUACUAUCGAACAACAAAGCAAAGAACAGGAACGGUUGUUGCUAUCCGUUCUGCCAGAACAUGUUGCAGUGCAGAUGCGUCAAGAUUUAGGCCUUAUUGAUACUCAAUUUAAGAAGAUUUAUAUGUCUCGCCAUGAAAAUGUUAGUAUAUUGUAUGCGGACAUCGUCGGCUUCACGGCCAUUUCCUCAACGUAUUCAGCUCAAGAUCUUGUGGCAAUUUUAAAUGAACUGUUUGCGCGUUUCGAUCGGCUUUCCGAGAAAUAUAAACAAUUACGUAUCAAGAUCCUCGGUGAUUGCUACUACUGCAUCAGCGGGGCGCCGGUGGAGCGACCAGAUCAUGCCGUCCUUUGUGUGCACAUGGGCUUAUCCAUGGUCAAAGCAAUUAAGUACGUCCAGCAGACGACGAACUCGCCGGUGGACAUGCGCGUGGGCAUCCACACGGGUGCGGUACUAGCCGGCGUGCUGGGCCAGCGGCAAUGGCAGUUCGAUGUGUACUCGCGCGACGUCGAGCUCGCGAACAAGAUGGAGAGCAGUGGCAUGGCCGGCCGUGUGCACAUAUCGGAGGUGACGCUGAGCUUCCUUAACAACGAGUUCGAGGUGGAGCCGGCGCACGGCGAGCGGCGCGAGGAAAUGCUCCGACAGGCCGGCAUCAAGACCUACUUCAUCGUCAAAGUGCUCAAACCUUUCCAGGGAAACGAAGAGAAGAGUGCGCUCGAGGGCGAUACGGGUGAGGGAGGCGACGCGGGGGACACUAUGUCCGACCUCAAAGACGACGACGAGGACUCGGUUCUGUCGCCGCAAGAUGAACACAAGGACAGUGAAGAGUUGAAAAUACUAUCAAUGUUACAAGAAGAGCUCGUUCAAAGAGACGACAACAAGGAGCUGGCGGACGCGACGACGUUGUGCCUAACGUUCCGGUCAGCGGAGGCGGAGGCGGCGUACGCGCGACGCGGGGACCCGUGUCCAUUGGCUGUGGCCGCGCCGCCGCUCAUGCUGCUGCCGGCGGUGGUAGCCCUCGCCAGCUUCGCCGUGCCGCAGGCCUGGUCGCUGCACGCUGUCUACCUCGCCCUCAUACUCGAGACCGGCCUAAUCAAUGUCGUCUAUUACGCCUGCUUCCGAUACGCUCAAUUUAAGAAGAAAACAGUCAGCCCCUAUUGGAAAUUGACAUGUGGAACUUUCAACAUAGCCAUGUUCGUGGCAGCAAACAUCGCGCCUUUGAUCAUCUGCGGCAAUUUCGAGACGUUGAUCCGUGAGGACGGUCUGCGGGAGGAUGCCCCGGCGCACGGUGGGGCUCGCCGCUGCAUACAUCCAUCCUACUAUUACCAUGUGGGUGCAGGCGCGGCCUGCGGUGCGCUGUGGGUGUCCCCGCUGGGCGGGUGCGCACGCGCCCUGCUGCUGCUGGCGCUGGCAGCGGCGCACGCGCUGCCGGCCGCGCUGCACCCCGCGCUGCUCGCGCCGCGCGCCUCGCUCGACCGCGACCCCUACCAGCUUCCCUUCAACGCCACCGUCGACUUUGACGAGCAAGCCUUUAAUGUUCUGUCGCAGGUUCACACCGGACGGAACAUCAUAAUGCUAUUUUUCGUGGUGCUGGCCCUGCUCAUAUUCAACAGAUACAGCGAAGCGUUGGAGCGCGCGCGGCAUUCACGCGGGGAACGGAUGCGAGCGCAGGCAGAACAGGCGGCGGACCUGCGCCGGCGCAAUCAGGCGUUGAUCCAUAAUGUGCUGCCGCCACACGUGGCGCGUCACUUCAUGGGCGCCCGUCACCAUCACCGUGACCUCUACAGCCAGAGCUACGCUGAAGUUGGCGUGCUCUUCGCUUCUAUGCCCAACUUCACUGAAUUUUAUUCAGAAGAAACCGUAAACAACCAAGGCCUGGAAUGUUUGCGAUUUCUUAACGAAGUUAUAUCGGACUUCGAUUUGUUGUUGGAGAACGCUAAGUUCAGCAACGACAUCAUUAAAAUCAAGACUAUCAGCUCCACGUACAUGGCUGCGUCAGGCCUAAACCCCACACGACAGAUGCAGCCGUCCGAUGGAGUGUUGGUGAGGUGGGCACACCUGGCGUGCCUGGUGGAGUUUGCACUGGAGUUACAACGAGUGUUGGCGGCGAUCAACGAGCAGUCAUUCAACCACUUCGUACUGCGCAUGGGCGUGAACCACGGCCCGAUCACCGCCGGCGUCAUCGGCGCGCGCAAGCCGCACUACGACAUUUGGGGAAACACCGUCAACGUCGCCUCGCGUAUGGAGAGCACCGGCAAAGCUGGCUGCAUACAGGUGACGGAGGAGACCUGUGAGAUUCUUCAGAGCUUCGGCUACUACUUCGAGCAGCGAGGUCUGGUGGCUGUCAAGGGCAAGGGGCAACUGAUGACAUACUACCUGCAGGGCAAACGUGACACGCCCACUCGCACAGACAAACCCACGAUGGAAGAGACCGCGCCUGAGCCUGGUCAGGGAGAGGCGUUGCUGGCGAACGGUGACGCGACGAGCACCGGCGCGGGUGCAGGCCGUCGCUCCCCGCCGCGCGCCGACGCCGAGCGCCCGCUGCUACCUCCAUAAACUCCAUCCACCAACAUACAUUAAACAGUCUAUUACGUCCCAAUACUGGGCCCAAGCCUCCCUUUAGUCAACCGAAGGAACAUACUCCACUAGCUCCACUGCGAUUUUAUGGAGGUAUUUUGGUCACCUUCAAAUAUGUACCUGAACCAUUUAGAGUUCAAACCUGACCACUUAUUUUAUUAAGUUGGCACUCAAAUUACUUUUUAAAUCUCCCAAAUAAGACUCACAAAUGUAAAGAUUCACCAGCCUGAUAAAAAUAACAGUUCUAGAGUGUAUAAUAGUGUGUUAGUGACAUCGUGACGAUACUGAGGGGGGUGAUUGAGACUAUGAUUCUGAAUUAAUAUCAAGUGGAAUUUUCAGUCGCAAAAUUAAUGAUUCUUUUUGUGUUUUUUAAAAUGAUUUUCAAUUAUAUACUUUUGCUAUGGAAAAUUCCACUUGAUAUUAACUCAGAAUAAUGAGCUGCAUCACCCCCCUCAGUAUUCGUUACGACGUCACUUACGCCCCGUACAAAUACAUACGAGUAGCCAUACAAGUACGUAUGGGUGUUAGUGACACG